ACGGCCCUGAUCAAAACCAACCACCCCAACCCUCACCUAUAUAAAUCCUCAAUCCCUAACCAUCCGUCUCUUCUCAAAACCCUAGACUCGAUCACAGAGGCACGAUGAAGUUCAACCCAAGGGUGUCCAGCUCCCGCCGCAAGAGCCGCCGGGCCCACUUCACCGCCCCGUCCAGCGUCCGCCGCGUCCUGAUGAGCGCCCCCCUCUCGGCCGACCUCCGGUCCAAGUACAACGUCCGCUCGAUGCCGAUCCGCAAGGACGACGAGGUCCUCGUCGUCCGUGGGACCUACAAGGGACGGGACGGCAAGGUGGUCCAGGUCUACAGGCGCAAGUGGGUGAUCCACGUGGAGCGGAUCACGAGGGAGAAGGUCAACGGCUCCACCGUCAACGUCGGCAUCAACCCCUCCAAGGUUGUGAUCACGAAGCUGAAGCUGGACAAGGACCGGAAGGCGCUGCUCGACCGCAAGGCCGCCGACAAGGCGAAGGGGAAGUUCUCGGCCGAGGAGGUCGCCGCCGCCGCCGCUGGAGGAGCCGCUUCGCUCCAGGAGAUCGAUUGAAGAAAAAGCUGAGUCUUUUAUCUAGUUAUUGAAUUUGAGGGGUUUUGUUCCGUACUUUUUAGGUGUCUAAUGGCGAUGAUACUGGUAGCACUCGCCGAUGAAUGUUUUUUCAAGACUUGAGAGAGUUUGGUGAAGGUACUUUUUUUGAAUCUAGUUUGUGUUAUUAUGAGUAGUGUGAAGACCCCAUUUUUAUA